AUGUGUGGACGAGUUUCAGCAGUGUUACCAAAUCUUACGGCUGACAAUUUUGAACACACACUGGCCACUGAUGAUGUAUUAGCUCGCUUCUUCAAUGAUUUCCUAAGUCUGCCGUCUUUCCCUGAGGCUGUGCUGUACAACCAGGAGACGCGGCUGUUUGAGCUGGUGAGUGGAGAAGCUGAGGUUAUAUCCAGAAGAAUCAGAUCAGUUCUACACCACAGCAAAUCCCAACUCCUGACCGGUGACCCCUCAGUGCUGACCAGAACUCCUCCUCUGGACAACCACUUCACUGUCUCUUGUCUGGACAGAACACAAGGAAUCCAGUGGAUCAUGGAGCAAAGAUUGCCACUUUUCCUUCAGAGUGAUUGCUACAUUGAAUACAGACUGGCCAAGAUGUUGUGUCAGUGGGACCCAAACAUCUGUAUCCAGAGACAGAGGAGCAGCACAGGUCGGAGCAUUCUGUCAGCCCCACAACUGUGCUGUUCCUCCUGGUUUGACAAAGAAAUGUCAUUGACAAAGUACAACCUGACGUAUCCACCCUCUGACCAGAAGGAACCUAAUGGAGGCAGAAAGCAACUGGAGGGGAUACAAGUGAAAGUUAAAGAGAAGACGGGGAAUCCAGUGGAGGAAAAGACAGAAUGUGAUAAGAGGAAUAGAGAGGUGGGGAGUUGGGACAAAAACAGAGGAAAUGUCAGUGAUUGCCAUGUUACCUGUUGUCUGGACAACAGACCUGGCUUGGAUGAGUUCAGGGAGUUUUUGCGAGGAACGCCUGGAGAAAAACUGAUUAAUCUCUGGAUGGACAUAGAAAAACUGAAAUCUGAAAAACACAGAGAGCGAAAGAACAGACACUUGGUCCUGAUGAGGGGCCGGUACCUGCUGAGCAGCAGUCACAGCAGUCUGAACACAGAGCUGCUCUCCACACUGGGACUGACCACCUCCACCUGCUGGACAGAAGAGAAACUGUGUUCAGUUCAGCCCUGCCUCAUUGAGGCUCUGCUGUACUACUGGGCUCCACGGUUCUGGAAGUCUCAGUUUGCUCAGGAGGACCAUGAUGACAGUUUGAAUACGCGGCUGUGGACAGAGUGGUGGAGCAGGCCUCUGUCAGGCAGACAGCCUCACCGUGACUUGUUGACCCUGCCUCCCCUUGUCCCUGACACCUCCUUGUCCCAACGCCCCAUCAUUCUCUAUUCACAGCUCCUAUACUCCACAUAUCUGUCCACCUCUGCCACGAGGAGCGUUGGCGUGGAUGAGGAGAUCAGAAGGAAGGUGUAUGACAGACUGAUGCCGGCUUUUGAGGAGCUGUUUGAUGAGGUGGAGGGGUAUACACUCAACAUCCUGCUGCAGCCAUGGACACUGCUGCUCAGCAGGGACAAAGAGUCCUUCAAGAAGGUAGCUAUGGUGCAUGUGCAGGAGGAGGUACACAGGGUGGACAGUGAGGAGUACAGGGAACUCCAGAGUGUGUAUGAGGAGUCAGAGCGUCGACUGAAAGAGGUGCAGCAGUCCAGGUCCAUGCCCUCUCUCUCUCCUACUGUUUCCUCUACUUCCUUCUCAAAGGAAUUCGACUCUUGGUCCAGAGUGUCUCCAAAUUACCGAGGUUACCGUCUGGGUUCCUUACUCCGUUACCGCCAUGAGAUUGGACACUUCAUGUCUUUCCUUCAGAAUCAGGAUGCCAGUAUUCAUCUGACAUGUUGGCUGGAUUUGGAGCAGUACAGGAGGACUCCCCAGAAAGACAAGGCUGUCAAACAAGAGAGGUCCUCUCACAUUGCAACCAAAUACCUCAACAGGAAGUAUUUCUUUGGCCCUGACAGCCCUGCCUCCACAGAGCAACAGAAUGACAUAUUGUACUUGGCUGGUGGACUGGAGCGUCUGAAGCUGGAGUGUCUCUCAAACCUGGUUGUUGUGGAGAUCCAGGACAUCAUCAGGAAUCACAUAGAGAAAACAUGGCUGCCCCAGUUUUUGUGCACAGCAGAGUUUACAGAGCGACAGAAACACAAACCGCAGCACCAAGCAGCAGGCAGGCUCUCACAGCACGUCCACCACCGACGCGGAUCGAGGAGAAAACCCUGGAAGGCCAGCAGCUUAUGGAUGAGUUCCUCCAAAGAGAUUCUCCUGUUUCGACAGAUCUUACUCAACCCUGUCACUUGUAUGCAGUUCCAGCACUUUGUCUCCCUGAAGGGAGACUUCUUGGAGAAUGACAUGCUCUUUUGGCUCGAGGUCCAGAGGUAUAAGGACCUUUGUCACUCUCACAGUGAUGAGGCCACCAUCCAGCAGAAGAUCUCCACCAUCAUCAACUGUUUCAUCAACUCGUCCAUGCCCCCCACCUUACAGAUAGAUAUCCCUCCUGAACAGGCCCAGCACAUUCUGGAGAAACGCCACGAGCUUGGGCCUUACAUCUUCAGAGAAGCACAGAUGUCAGUGUUCAGCGAAUUGCUGAAGUUUUGGCCCGAAUUUCAAGAGCUUUGCAGCAGCGUCCAAGAGGAGCAACUCCUUCCUCUACUGCAGGACAAACGAGUCAAACACAGAGCCAGAGUGCGAAGACAGAGGAGGAAAGUGGAGGAGGGUGAAGAGGAGGAUGAGAGGAGGAGAGCUCAGGAAGAGUGGGAGACACAAGAAUCCAGUUUUCAAGAACAAGACAUGGACAGUGACGCAGAUGAUGCAGAUGAUACAGACAAUCCAGAGAGGAGAAGCGGUGGAAGAGAGUGGAGGACACAGAGCAGAGCGCUAUUGUCGGCCACUCAGCGGCUUUCAUGGUCCUACUCCAAAUACAUGGCAGCUCUGAAGAGAGAGGAGGUGCUGCUGAGGAGGAAGAGUCAGCUGGCAGCCUCUUUUGCCACAGCCUCAGACUCCUCCAGCUGCAGCGUCAGGUCUGCAGACAGUCAGCUCAGCCACAGACAGUCACACCGCUCCUCCAGAGCAGAGAGUGUGGGUAAUCAGGUGGAGUUUUACAGUUAG